GAUUAUGACGUGAGAACGAAUGUUCAUUAAAAUUGCGCUUCGAAGUUGCUACAGUUCUUCCAUAACAAAUAAAGCGAGUAACAUUUGUUUGUCACAAAAUUUAAACAUUCAAGUUAAACAUCCUCAUAUUUUCUCAAAACAGUGAUAAUACAAUAAAUACAAAUAUGCAUCUACAAUUAAAUGUGCGACGAGAAGUCCUGUUUUUGUUCCUUUACAUAUUUCUUAGCAAUAUGGCUUUAAUUAACGAAGGAGCCACUCAAGGAUAUUCCGCCGUAGUACUUCCAAUAUUAAAGAGUAACACAUCCUCCUUAACUUUAAACGAAAUGGAAACACUUUUUUUCGCUUCUACGGUAUCUAUCACUCCACUCAUUGGUAGUCUCAUAUGCCUUAUUACGAUGCAUUAUGGAAGACAAUGUACCAUGAUAGUAUGCGGUGUAACCUUUUCUUUGGGAUGGAUUUUGAUUGCCAGUAGUUAUAAUGUAAUACAACUCUUUAUCGGUAGAAUGCUAACGGGAAUUUCCAUAGGUCUUGCUUCACCUUCCAUUGAAAUUUAUUUAUCAGAAAUUUCUAUACCCGCAUGGAGGGAAUUUGCUACAAUUACUCCAAAUAUAGGGGUUUCCGCCGGAGUUUUACUCGUUUACUUUCUAGGAUUUAUUGCACAGAACAAUUGGAGAUUAAUAGCAGCAUUUUUUACGAUACCUUCGAUAACUCUUGUUCUGUGCAAUAUAUUUUUUCUUCGUGAGAGUCCUAUGUGGUUGCUCUUAAAAGGUCGAAAGGAGGCAGCUAAGAUCGCUUUACUUCGCAUCCGUGGCUUGCUUCAAGAGACGAUAGAAUUCCAGGAAGAAUUUACCAGAAUGAUGAAUUACAAUACGCUGACAAACGAUUUGAAAACGUCCGAAAAUUGUCAGAUAGCCUCCUCCUUGACUACGGAGAUCGGGCAAAAAUCGUUUCUCAUGAAUGUAUCUAGCAAGCUAAAGAGCAUUAGGAGAAUAAUUCUUUUACCCGAAGUGUGGAAACCGACUGUGAUUUUAAAUUUCUAUUUCUUUUUUCAAAGAUUUAGUGGGACGUAUGUAAUUAUAUAUUAUUGCGUCGAUAUAAUCAGCAGAAUCAAUAUUACAAUUGAUCCCUUCUUGAUCACUGUCAUAGUAGGAAUUAUCCAAGUAGUAUUUAACAUAAUCAGCGCUUGCUGCAGCAUGAGAAUUGGUCGUCGAUCGAUUUCAAUUGUAUCCGGUACUGGUAUGUCAAUCUCUUUGGGUGUCUUAGCAGUGUACCUGCAAUUUUUUGAAGACACUGGCGUUGCGGCUAUACCCCUCAUUUGCAUCCUAUUUUAUGUGGCAUUAGGAGCAUACGGAUUCUUUUCGAUGCCUUGGUCGAUGAUUCCGGAACUAUAUCCUACCAAAUACGUAAACUUUCUCGGGCCUCUUACUAUCAUCGUCGCUCUUUUAUACGACUAUAUCGUUACACAAUUGUAUCCAAUAAUGAUAACGUAUAACAGAAAUGGUACCAUUUACUUUUACUGCAUAAUGUCUAUUAUAGCCACUAUUUUUCUAAUAAUUGUAUUACCGGAGACACUAGGAAAGACGAAAACAGAGAUAGAAGAAGCUUUUAGGGGUAAGUUGCAGAUAGACGAAACUUUUAAGAAAAUUGAAGAUGCAUAUUAAAGUAGUGAAGUAACGAGCAAUAAAAUAUUGAUGAAGUAAUUUGUGUAAUUCGAUAUAAAGUAAUGCGAAAACGUUUAUACGUGAUGUAAACAUAACAAUUGUAAAAUAAAUAUUUAUCUGGAAAAAAUAAU